GAAGUCAAAGGGAUAACCCAGGGCAUGAGCUCAGUAGGUGAACACAGGAACUCCCCUAUAACUCCUAUAAAGACAAAAUGACUGCCUUAUCUUAAGUGGAACACGGUUAUGGCCUUGAAAUGACCUCCGUUUGUUUAAGUGAAUUGAUUAACAAGUUUGAACAUGUCCAGGAAGUCCUGCUACUCAGACUUGUCUCACCCUGGAAUGCAGGAAAAGUUGACCCAGCACAAUGUAUCUACUCUCAAACUGGCUUUACUUGUUGCUGAGUUUGCACAGCAGAUGGCUGCAGCUCAUGAAAUGUUUUCCAAAGAAAUUCAGACUGUGAUCUCAAAUAUUAAACGUAAAAACCAUGACUUGAAGAAGGAAAGACCAGUGGAGACAGCCAGUACAAUACACUGUGCCUGGGAGGCUUUACUGUUGGAGGUUGAGAUGGAUGCCCAGGCCCACUUGGAUGUGGCGAGCUUACUUCUGAAGAAUGUCUACAAACCCCUGGAUGAGGUGGCUACCCACAAAACCAGUCAAGCCAAGAAACUUCAAGGAUUCAGGCAGAGCUUUGAAAUGCUUGUUAGCAAUACAGAAGAUAAAUUGGAAAAGUGUCUCAAAGGUUACCACGAAAGCUAUCAAGUAUUCAAAAUGUCAAAUGGCUCAUCCAUGCCGGGAACCAGAGAGGCGGCAAAGAUCAGUUUUUACAAUGCCCACAAUGACUAUCUCCUUCAACUACGCUCUUCCAACAGACUAAUAGAACAGUUCCAUCUGGUACUACCCCAGGUGUUAGAGGAACUUGAAGAAAUUCACAUCGACACCAGCAACACCAUAAAUGUGGCGAUAGAAAGUCAUGCUCUCUUACUACUCACAAAGGCUACGGAACAGCAUCGGAGAUUUGAAAGUCUACUAAAGGUGUGUAGGCAGGUGAAUCCCCAGCUUGAUAUAUCCUCAUUUGUGAAGGCGGUCAGCCCAGAACCGUUAAGGCUGGAACUCUCCAUUCACCAGUUUAGCCCACCACCUGAUCUGAACCUAAACAAUCCAGAGGAAGCUCUUAGAAACAGAUUAGUGUUAGACCGCCAUACAGAAGUAGCCAUUAAAGAAAGAAGAUCAGCGAUACAGAGGGAAGCAGCCGAAUUAACGUCUUAUAUCAAACAGAACCAGGAUGUUACUCAGACUCUGGUGAAUAUAUGCCAACGGAACUUAGCUAAUCAUUUAUAUGAAAAGGUGUAUGAAACCCAGGAGGACUUGUGUCGAAAACGAAAUGAAAUAAGACUGGCCAACAUGCAGUUAGCAGCAGUACGGGCACAGGUGGACAUGCUGACACCGAAGCAGAAUGGAACGGUGGAAGGUGUUGACCAGGACUCGAAAAAAGCUUCCUCUGCAUCGAUUAAAGGGAUGUGGAAAAAAGCCUUCAAGACGCUGAAGAGUACUGAGGAGAAGUCAGAAAAGGACAAAGAGAAGGAGAAAGACAAAGGGAAGGGAUCAGGAUCUUUGAUAAAGAGAUCGAGUUUUACAAAACUAAGGAAGGACUCAAAAGAGAAAGAUGAUGUGACAGAAGGAGAACAGGAAGUCUCUCACGAGAUCGAUCCUGUGUACAGCUUGUUAAAAUGUGCAGCAGAUUUGCCCAAGGCGGGCAGCUCGGGGAAACCAUGUACCAAUACAACCUGCUCAGGACACAAACAUGGGAUAGAGUGUGGGGGAAACACCUCUCAGAGCUCAAGCCCUUCAUCUUCAGCAUCUGAUACGCCAAGGAACUGGAGAAAAAAGCUCAAUGCACGCAUGAAAAGCUUUUCACUGGAUACGCCAGAUUCUCCCAAACAGUUAUUGGGAAUUGAUGAAACUACGAAAAAGAAAAGCCAUUCUUUUACAAACACUUGUGUUCCAGCCUCACACAGCCCAAAGACUCGGAGAAAGAAACUUAACGCGCGUAUGAAAAGCUUCUCCCUGGACACACAAGAGCCUCCUAAGCAACUUCUUGCUAUAGAUGAAACGACCAAAAAGAAAAGCAGUUCCUUUACAAACACUUGUCUUGGAGGUAUAGAUUAAUUUAUAUUCCCUUGCCGUUGUUAAGUCUUGACUCCUCUCUCUUCUACUUGAUAGUGACCGAUGUAAUGGGAAACCCUAAUGGUUUAUUAAAGCUAAAUACUGUAUCAAAGCUCAUUUUAAUACAGAUUUUAAUUUUUUGACUACAAGCAUAUUUCCGGAGAUAUUUGGAAUUUUUGUUUUCGUUUGAUAUUACUAGACCGGCUUGCUUUUCACUAUUUGACGAGAAAUGGAACUUCCAAUAGGGUUUCCUGUUAAUAUAGUUAAAGCUCUUUGUAUUAUUGUAGUAAAAUAUACUGAUAUAUCAAAAAGCCGAACAAGUAGGUAGUUAAUUUUUACUUUUGUAUAAUUUGCGUAGAAAAGUGUUUCUUUGAUCUCGUUUGCUUUGAUUUGUUGUGUGCAGUGGCUGAAAAGAAUGGAUUUAUACCAGUGCAUGCUGAUUGUGUUCUCCAGUUAAUGACCCGUUAGAAUAGCUUUAUUGUGCUGCUUUAUUUAUCAGCUUGUAACAUGAUUUGAAUAUAAAUACGGGGCUAGUUUGAUUUUGAAUGUAUAAACAAUGUGUAGAUACAUACAUUUGAUCUUCCCAUAUAGCUUCUAAUUAUGAACAUAUGCAUGUUAGUUCCCUUAACUGUACUCAAGUUGUAGCUUGGCUUUAGUUCACCUUCGCAAUCACAUAUCAGUUUGUCACUGAGACAUUUAUUUGCAAAAACCGUUUUACUCCCAUUAGUUUGUUGCUUAAAGAAUUGUUUUAAAUAGUAGAAUAGUCCCGUUCCCUUUUUCCCAAUUGUUCUAUGUUCCCAGAACCCCUAACCUUGUCUUUGUUUUUCCAUCCUCUGCGUACCUGUUGUUACCACAGAACAAAACGGCGGAUCACCUACCAGCCAUACUUUAUUUAGGUUUCUCUCCAUUACUGGCCGUGCCAAAGCAUUAUGGUCGCAAGGUAGAAUUUCUCUAAUUUGCUGAUUUUUUUUUUCAUAUUUCCUCAUUGUUUAUAUCAUGCACUUAUAUGUAUAUAUGUACACCAAAAUGUUGAUAUGUUGUGGUGUCAGUCAUCUUCAUAGUGUGUGGUUUUUAGAACUUCUGUAAGUUAUUUGAUGACUUGUAUAUGUGAUGUGGAAAAUAAAACAAUUUGCUA